AUGCUCAGCUUUCAAACUCUUUCAUGUCUUCAUGAUAUACCACUUGUUCGCUCGUCAACUAAUAAAAUUCAAGAUGUGUAUGCCAAAGCUAAAGAUACAAGUGCAUUUAUUCGGAUUCCAUGUAAUUUAGCCGAGACAGUUGCUGAUAAAACAUUAAAAGUUGCUUUUACAAUUGCUAAUCCCGUUGUUAAACCAUUUUCUGGGCCUGUAUAUGCAAUUGACAAUUAUGCUGCUCAAACAAUUCGUCAAUUUGAAUCUAAAUACCCUGUGAUUACUACACCAACUGAAAAUGUUGUAAAUACAUUCAACGAAACAACAAAACCAGUUCUAGAUGCAGUGAAUUCAGUUAGGGAUACAACAACAUCAACAAUUCAACAUGGCAAAGAAGCGGUUUCGAAUGUAGCAACAGCCACAGUAAAUAAAGCAUCUGGUGUAGCUGAUUCUGUAUUUUCGUUUUGUGGAACACGUGUACCGGGAAUGCAACGUUCUAAUGCUGGUAAAACAAGUAGAUUAAUUCAAUCAUCAUUAUUAUGGUUUCGAAUGUUGAUUGUAAACUGUAUUCUAAUUACUAAACAAACUAAUGAAUCUUUACUUAAUAAAAUGCAACAAAAACGAUUUUUACCUGCUUUACCACAACGAUUAUUAAUUUUAGUUGGUACUUUUUUGGAAAAAGUUAUCAGACUAGUUAAACCUAAUGAUGCUACAUUGGCUGAAUGGGAAAAAGCUCGACAACAAAAUCAAUCAAGUUCAUUAUUAAAAUAUUUUUUUGAUGGACAAAGCUUAAAACCUAAUCAAUCUUCAACAGCUCGUAAAAAAGUUGUUAUUAAUCAACGAGAAACAGUCGUAAAUCGUACAAAUGAUUACAAUCAUAUUCCAAAGUCACAACCCGAUUAUUCAAAUAUGACUGAUACAGAAGAAUUACAUGCUCGUUUAGCUGCAAAUGAUUUACCUCAAUCAAAUUAUAAUAUGGACAAUCGCAUGUUUACCACAGAAUCUGUUGAUGAUAUUCCAAAUAAUGAUAUUACACAAUUACAUGAUAGUCUUAAACCAACUGAUGUUGAACUUCUUUAUUCUCGAUUACCUACUGAUAUAUUACCAAAUAUAGAUGAUCAAGAACCAUUAACUGAAGAUCAACAACAACUUCAUGCUAGAAUUAUUGGUGCUGCAUUAGCAGAUCAAGGUUAUCCUGUAGAUGAAAAUGAUAAUGAUGAUCGACAGUGA